CGCAACUACUACAGUCGCUUUCAUACGCCGCCAACAUGGCAGGAGGUGUGCGGAAAAAGUCUGCGGGUUCCCCGUCCGCAUUGUGGGGGAAACUUAACACACUGUGGCAGGACAAACAUAUGGUGUUGUUUAAGAGCGAAUACACGUUACUGGUCGUUUCGGUUCUGUGGUUCAUGGAGAUCGGGAUCAAUGUGUGGGUCAUACAGAAAGUAGCAUACACCGAGAUAGACUGGAAAGCCUACAUGGAUGAAGUAGAGGGAGUCAUCAAUGGUACAUUUGACUACACCGAGCUUAAAGGAGACACCGGACCCUUGGUGUACCCGGCUGGCUUUGUCUACAUCUUCACUGCCCUCUACUACAUUACCAGCCGUGGAGUGAACAUCCGUCUGGCCCAGUAUAUAUUUGCUGCUUUCUACCUCAUCACACUGCUGCUCGUCUUCAGGGUGUACAAUCGCACUAAGAAGGUUCCUCCAUACGUGUUCUUCUUUGUGUGCUGUGCUUCUUACCGGAUCCACUCAAUCUUUGUGCUGCGCCUCUUUAACGACCCUGUGGCCAUGAUGCUGCUGUUUGCAGCUGUAAACCUCUUCAUGGAUGGACACUGGACUCUGGGCUGCUGCCUUUACAGUUUAGCAGUGUCUGUGAAGAUGAAUGUGCUCCUAUUCGCUCCAGGACUGCUUAUGCUCCUCCUCUCUGAGUUUGGUCUUAUCAGGACAAUUCCCAAACUUUCUCUGUGUGCAGUCAUACAGCUCUUGCUAGGUCUGCCUUUCCUCCUGGAGAAUCCAAUGGGUUAUAUGAGCAGCGCGUUUGAUCUUGGCCGUCAGUUCAUGUUCAAGUGGACGGUCAACUGGCGGUUUCUGCCAGAGUGGCUCUUCUUGAAUCGGUAUUUCCACUUACUCCUGCUGGCCGUCCACCUGCUUACCCUGCUGCUCUUUGCCCUCCGCCGUUGGAAGAGGCCAAGAGAAAGCAUCUUUGAACUCCUCAAGGAGCCAAGCAAGAGGAAAACACCAGCUCAGAAAAUCACUGUUGAUCAGAUGGUGCUGGUUCUCUUCAGCUCUAACUUCAUUGGCAUGUGCUUCAGUCGUUCAUUGCACUACCAGUUCUACGUCUGGUACUUCCACACUCUGCCUUACCUGCUGUGGAGUGGAGGAGUCGAGAAGCUGGCCCACCUGCUCAGGGUUCUUAUCUUGGGUCUGAUCGAGCUUUCGUGGAAUACCUACCCGUCUACAGACAGCAGCUCAGCGGCCCUUCACGUCUGCCAUCUCAUCAUCCUCCUCUGUCUGUGGCUGGCUCCGCCGCUGCCUUCAGACCCGGCAGAGACACAAGAACAUCCACCCGUCAAGGACAAACGCCAGUGAGCCCGAUCGACCCAGACGUCGUAUCUAGGUUCAAUGGGCUGCUGAACCGCCUCCAUCACCCUCCUCUCUUUGAUCCUCACGCCGCUCCAGGGUGAGGUCUCUGGGAUAGACGGUUUUAUAAGUGAAUAUUAAGGAGCCAUUUAAUGCUUCACAACUCGGCUUACUACUAGAAAUGAGGAGAGAUGAUGUGGGUGCAGUCGGGAGACAGAUACCUGUAUGGCAAAGUAGUCCCUUGCAGUUUAAUGUAUGAAAAGAGAAGGAAAAUGGGGAUUCUCAGGUUUCACAUUCAGAUAUAAGGGUGGCGUAGAGUGCUAAAAGGAUAUUGAUUUGAUAUAGAACUUGUAUGAAGCUCCAAAAGCUUAAUUAAUUGCUAUCAAGCAGUAAGCCGCGACAUGUCCACUUGCCACCAUAGUUGUAGAAUUCGUCAGUACAAAACCCGCCGUCUUUUCCAGUAGUUGUAGAAUUUUACGCAGAUGUGUGAAACUAAGCUGUAGACAAUCAUGGCUGUUUGUCUGAUUUGUUACAUAAUUUAUUCAUCUUCUGUUGCAAGUGGAUCACAUCACUCCCCACCAAGUAAAUUUAUUCUAAUGAAUUGACAGUAGAUUGAGACAGCAAAUUGAUGCCCUUUUAUAUUAAACAGAAGCCACCGAAAUCUUUUCUUCUAGUUUGUUUCUUUCUAUGUUUUUCUAUGUUUUUGUUACACAUUACAACAAAUGUAUGAAUUGCAUGUUUUUUUUUUCAUUUUCCAACGACUCAUUUUAUUAAUUAAAGUACGAUUUUCUUAGUUUAUGAAAUAAUCAUCCUGACAAUCACGAUCAUUCAACAUCAACUGCAACUUUUUUGCAAAAUAACUGACUACAAAAAGCUCAUUCAGAUGGUCAAGGCAUUGUUGUGAUUGCAUAAAGCAAUA